GAGCACAGACGGCAUGCGUUGCUGCCUGGAACACCUUCAUUCGACCCGAUAGUCAAGAUGCUUGAGCUGCCUCUCAGGAGAGGUUCUGUCGCUCUGGUUGGCGGCUGAUUCGCUGUGUGUGCCUUUUGUAUUGGAAAAGGUUGACUCGACAGUUAUCGGUCAAGAUGGAUGUCAAAAAAAAGAACUUCUUGGAGAACUUUCGUCUGCCUAAGCUCAACCUGAAGAAGAGGGCCAAGCAGGGCAGGAAGCCGGGCAAGAAGCUGGCCUAUCGGCGCAGCAUUUCUGUACCCGACCUCAGCCUGGUGCCCGUUGACGCGCUCCCCUCGGACGGCACCGCGUGGCCCUCUCCUUCCGAAGGCGUCUCCCUCGGCCCCUCCACCGGUCAGAGCGAUUCUGACUCCGUGGCGAGCGGCUCGAUCGCCGAUGGAAAGCUUUACACGGACAGACUGAACGAUUCCUUCUCGGACAGUCGACUCAAAGUCCCCUCCGGUCACAGGGAUGGCUUGAAGCGAGUCAGUGCACCGGUGGGAUCGCACUGUUACGAGGAAAUCGAUGGUAUGAUGGGUCCACGCCCGCAGAGGACUGAGACUGAAGAUCUGUAUGCACAAGUAGAUCCCCAAAAAAAACUGCCGAGGUUUGUUUUUGACCCAAUUCCUGCUCCAAGAUCUGCUUAUCCCAAAGCGAUGUCCCCAAGAUCAGACAUCGCAGACAGACGCAGCGUCUCCGGCGAAGACGCCCCAGGGGACAGAGUGGGUCCAGGUGCCGUUGCUGCGGUACUGGCGAGAGCGAGCUCAAUGGGGGAACAAAUAAAACCGUACACGGAAAAGAGGGGCACGUCGUUUGAGUAUAAAAAGUCCUACUCUGAGAAGGGAACCCCGCCGGCCAUCAGGCUGAACGCGCCUUCCAGGUCUGUGGCGCCGGAGACCUUUGGUCCUCCUGCGGAAAACGCAGACGGCAACUCUUGGGACUCGGACUGUGGCAGCGCCACCGAGGAGCGGGUCAACCUGUCCUGUAACACGGACUCGGAGGGCCGGGAGAUCUCCUGGCGCUCCGCGAUGCGAGACUUUACGAGCGAAGCGGCUCUGCUGAAUCAGGCUGAGGAGGCAGAGGAGGCCCAGGAGGAAACGGCGGAGAUGUCCAGUGAAACGUGUGACGUCUUUGAUGAAAACCAAGAUCUUCUGGAAAACCCUGCUUUCACAACCGGGCCUGACGUCCAGACCCCCGAUCCGACGCAGAGAUACCUCCUGAACAUCAACCUGAAUCAGGGAAAGAACCUGGUCAUCAGAGGCAAGCGCUCCGGUAACAGUGAUCCUUACGUGAAGUUCAAACUUGAAGGAAAACAGUUCUAUAAAAGCAAAGUGAUUUAUAAAACCUUGAAUCCACGAUGGAACGAGUCCUUCUCCCAUCCUCUUCGAGACAGAGAGCAUGCCGUGGACGUUCGGGUCUACAAUAAAAACCGGACCGCUGAUGAGUUCAUGGGUUCCAGCAGUAUCAUUCUGAACAAUCUUGAAUUAUACAAGACCUAUGAAAUGGAGCUGCAGCUCGACAAUCCGAAAAGUAAAGAGGAUCACAUGGGAGUUAUCGUGGUUGACAUCUGCCUAAUGUACAGAGAUGCCACCAUCAAGAGAAGCCCUAGAUGGCCACCAAAGAAGAACAAGGCCUUAUCAUCCUCGCGAUCGGCUGAGAUGCAGAAAAACUCGACGAAGAACCAGAUGUGGACCGGGGUGCUCGAGAUUACCUUGGUAGAGGGACAGGACCUGCCCCAGUACGGCCAAGGGGACAUUUACGUCCGCUUCCGCCUCGGCGAUCAGAAGUACAAGAGCAAGAACAUGUGCAUUCAGGACAAUCCACAGUGGAGGGAGCAGUUUCACUUCAACCAUUUUGGAGAUAACCUGGAACCUCUGCAGGUGGAGGUGUACUCCAAGAGGGGGAGGAAGUGUGAGGAAUCGUGGGGGAUGGUUGAGGUCGACCUAUUGAGACUUCCACUUAAUGAGAUGCAGCUCUUCACUAAAGUGCUGGACCCUGGAAAGGGCAAGCUGGUGUUUCUGGUCACCCGGAGACCCUGCUGGGGAGUCUCCAUCUCUGACAUUGAAACAGCUGCCUUGGAAAAACCUGAUGAGAAACAAGCCAUAUUGGAGAGAUUUAGCUUAAAGAACUCACACAAGUGUGUGGGAGAGGUUGGCUUCCUUCAGGUCAAAGUUGUAAAGGCAAAUGAUAUUCCUGCCACAGAUCUCAAUGGAAAAAGCAACCCUUUCUGUGUCGUGGAGCUCGCUAACAGCAAACUUCAAUCUCACACGAUCUACAAGACCCUCAAUCCGGAGUGGAACAAAGCCUUCACAUUCCCGAUAAAGGACAUUCAUGAUGUGAUAGAGUUGACUCUUCUUGAUGAAAACGGAGACAAAGCCCCAAACUUUUUAGGAAAAGUGGCAAUUCCGUUACUGGCUGUAAAGAAUGGGAAGCAGGUAUGCUUGUCCUUGAAGAAAGAAAACUUGGGGGCUUCCUCAAAAGGAACCAUCACACUGGUGCUGGACGUGAUCUUUAACAAAGUCAGAGCUGGUAUCAGAACCUUCCAACCAAAGGAGUCCACAUUAGUGGAGGAAAACCAGAAGUUCUCCAAAAAGGUUCUUGCCAGGAAUAUAUCCCGGGUUCGAAAUAUCAGCACGGCGGUUCUGUACACGUUACAGUACAUUAAAAGCUGUUUCCAAUGGGAGAGCAGGCAACGGAGUCUAAUAGCCUUUCUGAUCUUCCUUGUGACGGUGUGGCACUGGGAGCUCUUCAUGCUGCCUCUGUUCCUGCUUCUGCUCAUUGGUUGGCACUACUUCCAGCUCACUGCGGGGAAGACCAGUUCCAACCAGGACCUGGUGAACAUGAGCAUGGGUGACGACGAAGACGAAGACGAGAAGGAACCGGGGAAAAAGGGUUUGAUGGAUAAGAUAUAUAUGGUGCAGGAAGUAGUGCUGGUUGUCCAGAACGUUUUGGAGGAAAUUGCAAACAUCGGAGAGCGGAUCAAGAACAUCUUCAACUGGUCAGUCCCUUUUUUGUCGUGCCUCUGCUGCUUGGUGCUGUUUGUGGCAACUGCGCUGCUGUAUUUCAUCCCACUGCGAUACAUUGUGCUGAUAUGGGGCGUUAACAAAUUUACCAAGAAGCUGCGCAACCCAUACGCUAUCGACAAUAAUGAAAUCCUGGAUUUCCUCAAGAGGGUGCCUUCUGAUGUUCAAAAGGUGCAGCGCAGCGCUCUCAGGGCGCCCGCCAGCCAAAGCCAGCCGCGGAGGAGAAAGUAAGCGUCGGUGGAUGAAAGGCUGGUCUCCUUUUUUUUUUUUUUUUUUUUUUGGAAUACUCCACCACGCAGUCCACCUGACAACAAUGCUCCGCUGCCAGCAUGGCCCCAUGACCCGCCCCAUCCUCGCUCUCGGCCCCCCUGCUGCUGAGGGGCGGCCAGCCGCUCUGUGGCCUGUGUGUUUGCGCUCCCCCCCCCCCCUGACAGAGGCUGUGAACUGCAGCAGCAAGGAGGGCAGCACAUGGCGCUGUCAAUCACAAGCCUGGAGGUAAAGAAAAGACAGCGCUCGCCGCAAGACUCAGCCUUCAUCUUUGGAUAUCACUUAGAAAAGGAAUGGAAAUCGUCGGGUCUGGCUUACCUUAACUUCCAGUUUUAUUUUUUUACUUUCAGAUGUCCAGUUAAGUUAAUACAGGCUCAGCCAUUUAUGGAAAUCAAAUCACGGAAAUAGUUUUAUCUUCAGUCAAGUAUUUUUAUUAUUAAAGAUCAAAAGGUCAUAUAUAUCGCAAUAGAUUCUUAAGUUAUAACCAAAAAAAUUGGUUGGUUGGUUUUCUUGCACAUUUAAUAUAAUAGGACAGAGUUCUGAGUGCUAUUCCUUUUGUGCUAUGGAUUUAAAGUGUAUAUAAUAUAAUUCGGUCAGCAUUGCUAUAAAUAUAUAUUUAUGUACUGCAUUUGUUUGGGUUUUUUUUCCACCUGACUCAUGUUACUGUAUUAAUUCAGACUCAGUAUCUUGUCUGCUUCAUCAAAUGGAGAAUUUGCAGGAAUCCUGAAUAAAGAAUCUGGAUCAGUUUGA